AGUGACGAGGAAUCCAAGCUCAAGGACGAGUGGAACUUUGAUCGACGAUCAUUUGUCUAAUCGGAUUGGUGAAGGUUCAAUGGCGAUUCCUUCUGAGCAAGCCACUAGCAUCUGCACUCACUGUGACAGAGCUAUUCCGUCUCCAAAUAUUGAUUUACAUUAUGCACAUUGCUUCCGGAACCUGCAAAAAUGCAAAGUUUGUGGAGAUAUGGUUCCGAAAAAGCAUGCUGAGGAGCAUUACUUAAAUACCCAUGCUCCGGUUGCUUGCUCACUAUGCAGUGAGACGGUAGAUCGUGAAAUUUUAGCAGUCCAUAGAGGUGAAAACUGCCCUCAAAGGAUUGUCACUUGUGAAUACUGCGAGUUUCCAUUGCCUGCAGUGGAUCUCUUGAAGCAUCAGGAAGUAUGUGGGAAUCGAACCGAGUUAUGUCAUCACUGUAGCAGAUAUAUUAGACUGCGUGAACGACAUGACCAUGAAAGCAGGUGUCCUGGUAGUCCAGAUAUCCCUGCAGGGCAUUCCAGGGACACAUCUCCUGGUGCACCUGAAAGAGAGCAAGGUGCUCACAGAAGGCAACCACAUGAUAUAUCACGGAGACGUCUAUUGUUUACAAUUGCAAUAACAGGGAUUGCGGUUCUACUUGGUUCAUUUUUCUUCCAGAGAAAAGCUGAAAACCAUCAACUUCAGUAAUGCGUUGGAAGGGUAUGAAUUCUUUUUAAGUGACGUAUUCUGUUUAUAGAGUCUGUAAUGGUUCUAGAACCGUUGUUCAACUGUAUGGAACCUCUCGAGAUUAUGUAAUAUUGUAUCGUGUCAACACAUAUAAGUUUAUAUGGAUUCACACAUGAAAUGAGCUCCACUUAAUCUGCA